UUGGCAUUCUCAAUUUCUUCCCACCAAAAUUCUGUCUCGUGACCCCAGCUCCUUCCAAUGGCGACAGCUUCCUUCAAAUCUACUUCCAAACGACAAACCACAAAUCCCAAUUCCAGGGAAAACCCCACCCCCUCUUCCUGCUCCUCCAAGCCGCUACGACGGAGAUCCUCAAGCGUUAGCUCCGUUUCUCGGAUUUCCAGUCAACAUGCUUCAUCAGAGUUUUCGAACAAGAGAGACAAUCCUUUGUUCUGGACCUCGAACUCUCCGCACAUUGAUCAAGUCGAAAAUCCAAAAGAAAUCGGAAAUGAUAAAGAAAAGGAGAAACCCCCCUUUGAUGGAUUUAGUAUCGGCAAAGUUACUCCGGGUUCUGCCAAUUGCAGUACUAACAUAGAGAUUGAGAAUAGAGGACGAUCUACAAGUAGAAGGUCUGGGAGUGAUAGGAAUGGGAUUGGACGUAGUCUUUCGCGUGUACGCUGUCGUUCUGCGUCUAGAGGGCACUAUGGAUCUCCUCACGAGAGUGAAAGGGAGCAAGAGCUGCUUUUAUUAAAAGCUACUAAUCAAAGAAGAGAGCUAAACCAUGUUGCCAAUAGUUCCAGAGGAUCUGCACUAGUUGAAAACGAUACAGACACGCACCAACGAGUUUCUGGCUCACAAAUAGCAGCUGUUCGAGGUAAAGGAACUGAGCUUUCAGAAGAUGAUUCUAAUUAUAGCGUGCAAAAUUCAACCGGGGAAGAUGGAAUUUCAACAGGUUCUUUGUCUGAAGCAGAUGAUAAAAUAAUCAAAGCAUUUGAGCAGUCUUUUAGAGAUGGCCAGUGGGAUAAUGAUACUGCCGCUAGUGGAAUAUAUGAAGCUGUCCGGGCUGAAGUGAGACGUGCUAUGAGUGAUAUUCAAAAUGAGCUUGAAAGUGUUAUGCGAAGGAACAGUGCUAAUGCCAUUUCAACCAAUAGUGGUGCUGAUAUUCCUCCAAACAUGAACCCUGGGGCUGCUGAAAUUAUUUUGAACAUCAGAAGGGAAUAUUCCAGAAAACUUCAGGAGUCUCAAGAAAGGACUAGACAGUUGAAAGCAGAUUUGGCUGUUGAAGAGAAUCAUGGACAAGAGCUAAAUAGAAUCCUCGAGGAGAUAGUACCUGAUACACAAAAACUCAUAUCUCCCCAGAGAUCGCGAAUUGCAAGAAGAAGGAGCAAUGAAAGAAAAAAAAUGUCUCAGCGUCUCACUGAAGAAGCAAUGGCAUACUUUGAUCACUUUGAUGAAUGUGUAUCCAUAUCAACUUUUGACGGCUCUGACUUCUCUGCACCUGAAGAUCCACCUCACAGCUCAAAUGAAGCUACUUUCUCAGACAGCAAGAGUCAACUGGAACCCCAAGGAAGCAUGGAAUGCUUUUCUGGGAAUAAACAGGUAUUCCGUGGCAUUGGUCAAUUAUCAUUCAUGCAUGAAUUACCAAAAUCUGCCGAAACAGAUGAUGACAUUAGGAGCUGUAUUAGGCAUUUUGAAAGAGAAACAACACCUAAAGGUGCAAUUAGUGCUGAAAUUCUUGCAUCAAACUCGGAUCCUAGUGCAUACAAAUUGAAAGGACAAAUAGAGAAUAUAUGGUUUCAUCGAGUGCUUUACAACAAAAGAAUAGAUUCCGGGGGUUUGCUUCUUUGUGGUGGCGGCAUUGCGACUGCUGGUUUUCCCUUUGGUCCUUGAAUUUGAAAAAUUCAAUGACAUAAAUGAGUUUAUUGUAUGUUUUUACAUUUAAGCAAAAGGAAAACUAAAGAGAAUAAAGGAGUCAUUCUUUUGGACUAUAAUUAUCUAGUUUGAUUUGGGCAGUCUCAUUUUAGUUGUAAUAUUAUUUGUUCCUCCAUAGAGGAAAUAUACUCUGUAUGUAUGUAUUAUUAUUCCACUGAUUUUUACUUGCCCACUUCCCUUUGUGAAAUUUCGAUUUUUUUUCAUAUUUCCU